GAAUGGCGUAAUUAAAUUGCGAGGCCUAAUGACUGAGCGAUUUUAUAGGCGGUUUCUUCGCUAACCAAUUUUGGCGUAUUCUCAUGAUGGGUGACCUCGCCUGCAUUUUCACCAUAUGCAGGCCUAGUUUUGAAGCUGUUAGUUGGUUGGUGAGAUCGAGAUGGAAGUUUGCAGCCAAGUCUCGUCACCCAGGCUUGGUGAUAAUUAAGUGAAUUAGUGUAGGAGGUGAAAGAAUCGAACCUAGCCAUGUCUCGUUCGGCGAUGUCAAAGAGUCGUAGCGAGAAGAGGGGCGCUAACGCAGCAACAAACAUUCUGACGUCUGUCCACAAGGCUGAUUCUGCCAGAUUCACGGUAGCACAAUGGCAAAGUUUAACUGAGAGAGAAGAAGAUACAGAGUGGGUGUGUAGCAUAGUAGAUAAGCUGUGCUCCAUGGCCUGGGACAAAAUCUAUGAUGACUACAUUAAGUGUCAACUAAUACCAUUUACUGUGCUGCAAGCCAGGGAAGCCAUAUUAGAUGUUGUAAAGUGGCAAUUUUUGGAACAUGACGAGGGAGAGGAAAUGUUAGAGUGUGAUACAUCAUGGCAAGAGGAUGAAGAACCACAACCUGCAACUAUCGAUGCCUGGGCACAGGGAGCCGUUCCUAUAAAGAUAGUCUCUAAAAGACAACUCGCAUCAAGUGCAUCACAACCAGUUCCAGAAAAAGCGACUCAAACUCAACACAAAACGAGCAACACCACUUCCGAAUUUGACGGAACAACUCGCACAGGAAAGAGUACAACUUCGACGUGUAAACCAUCGGCUGCAUCCCAGGCAUCCGGCCAGAGUGAACGAAAGCCGAAAGAGAUAGCAGGAGAGGUCAAUAGGGGUCGUUGCGAGCCGCCGAGAGAUGGAAAGCUGCUGGAGGUAGGAACAGGAUCCCGUAAGAAGAAGCAGACAAAACCGGGAAAGAGUAAGAAACGGGAAGCGUGUGCAGAGCGGGUCUCUAAUGACUCACUAGAGGAUGGAUGUCGAAAGGCGGUGAUGCCUCACGUGUGCAAGAGCGACACUCAGCUCUGCAUGGAGUGUGGAUCGAAAGUUGAAGCUUCCUCCAGUAGAAAUAAGCCGCUGCAGUUUACACGAUUAAAUCCGGAGAGAUUUCCAACUAACAGAGUGAAGACGUCCUUUGACAUCGCGGACCACGCCGUGGCGGCCCACGCGAGGGGGAGGGUUCUGAAGCCGCUGCCGAGAGCCGACGUGAACCCUCACCGCACGAAGCUCGUCAAGCUGCCGCCGCCGCCCGCGAAGAUGGCACGCCGCCUCGUCACUGCCGCCGCUCCCUUCCGGCAGCCACGCGACGAGCUGGUGACGCCGCUGCCACCGCCGCUGCUCGAGUCGAUGGAGUUAGCGGCCGGCGUGUCCGUGAAGGAAGGGAUGAGGAUGAAGGCAGGGCCGCAGGUGGCGCUGUGCUCCCAUCCUUCGAUAGCGGAGAACCACCUGAGGCCGCUGUGUUCACGCGUGGCGCCUGUGCUGGAGAUACAAGAACUGCUGCGGAGACAGCACACAGUCACCCAUGUGCCGUGCAUCCCUCCGAUUACCGCCAGCAAGACAUGAAUUAAUCGAGCCGGCAGUGGGGACGAGCCACGUGCAGAUGUCCGUGCUCCGUUACAACGAUUCUUACUCUGGCAUUUCAUUUCGUAAAUUUUUUUUGUAGUCGACUCGUAUUAGAUUGCUUCGUAGCGUUCUCUCACUGUAUAGUUUAUUAUGGCAAAUGAAAUAAAACUGCUUGAAAUGAA